AUGGGAGCCGGAGGCGCCAUUCUUCGCUUCUUCAAUCUCGCUAUACGCGUGCUACAGUUCCUGGCAUCUGCAGUCAUCCUAGGAAUCUUCUCCUAUUUCCUCGCCAAGCUCGCACAGAACAACCAGCACAUUCCAACAUGGACGAAAGCCGUUGAGGGUCUUUCAGGAGCAGCGACCCUCUAUUCACUCUUAGGUGCUCUGUUCACCUGCUGCCUAGGAGGAAUCACCUUCUUUGCAGCCGUGGCUAUCUUCCUGGAUGUCUGCUUCGUCGGAGCUAUGAUCGCCAUCGCCAUCUUGACCAGUGACGGAACCGACAACUGCUCUGCCACCCCCGAUACCCCUGUUGGAACUGGUCCUGAUGGCACCAAUUCUCCCGCGGGCGUGGACUAUGGCUACGCCUGCAGACUGAAUAAGGUCGUAUUUGCCGUCUCCAUUAUCUCAAUCUUCUUCUUCCUUAUCUCCAUCCUCUUCCAAUACCUCCUCGGCCGCCACCACAAGCGCGAGAAGCGCUUCGGUCCCUCCCCGGCCAACAACUACACCUACGGAACAGGCACGCAGCGCCGCGGCUUUUGGCGCCGCAACAAGCAUACGCCCGAGAACGCCAGUGCUGAUGAUAUGCUGCCCGCUCACACUACUCCCGGUGAAGUUGAGAAUGGCGGCGUGCACAAUGAGAAGCCCGGUUGGUUCGGCCGUUUCGGGCGCAGGAAUGAGCCUAUGAAUGGUGCUGGUGCUCCGACGGCGUAUGGGGCUCAGACCCAGGCUCCGGCUGCGGGUGCUGGAGCUGGGGGGUAUGGGUAUGGACAGCCGGCGUAUAAUACCAAUUAUUAA